GCCGCUGGUGAAGUGCACUAAGUCAGCCACAUUCCGCCUUUACUUGUGGCGUUGAGGAGGAGCUCAGUUGUUUAUUCAUUCACGUCAGCCCCUCGUCCCUUCCCUCCUUCCUGCUACACACAACGGACACCCGCCGUUGUAACUGUUUUUCCCAUAUUAAAAUUAACCACAGUCACGUCGCCACCAUAAACCGAUUUUGGAAUCAGGAGGAGGCGAGCCGGCGCCUGGGUAGAUGUGACCCCAAGGUAAUGGCCAGGCUGGUGGACAUAGGCACACAGACAGAUCCAGUAGUUGUGCUGUCCUUGGCCCAGGCCGCCGUGCUAGGUCUCAUCUCCCAGAAUGAAGUGUUUGGCGCUACUAUUGCACCUAAUGGCUUCUACACCGGCGAACCCAAAGAGUCCCCCGCGCCCCCAGUAGACGGAGUCGACUACGAGUACGCAGACCAGCUUAUCGGAGCUAACGGAGAUUACUUAGGAGACAACUUGGGAGAAGACGGUCAGAUGCAACCGAGCUGCAGUCAGAGGAGGUGGCAGCAGGGGCCACCUCAACAUCCGGACGGGAAAAUGGUUGGCCCUGAUCGUCACGGCCUUCAAGGCGGUGACGUAUCCUCGUCUCAUGUGAAAGGGGAAGGGGUGAACUCUGGAAUGUCCUCCUGUGUCCACAUGCUUAACAACAUGGCUCCCAGAGGCGGUGUAGUACAAGUUGAUCCAGCCACCCUCAGAGGCACCAACAAGAACUGUGCAGAGUGUGAGCGGGAAGCAACUAACCAGCAGCAGGCCAACACACACGGCCACCCUCCUCCCUCUCAGGUGGGUCACAGAGGAGGCGAGCAGGGCCACAGAGGACUGCAGGGCCAGCGCCCUAUGGGGGGCCACGGUCGAGGUCGAGAGGAUGAAGAAGAGGUAGAACACCAGGGGAACAACAUGAUGAAGCCCACACAGCAGGAUGAAGCAAUCAGCAGCUACUUCCAGACCAGCGAAGUGGGCAGCUAUGAUUCAGGGGAAAUGGGCAUGGGGGGCGAGUACGAAGACAGCAGCCAGAGCAUGAUGUGGACAGACGGGAGUGCAGGAGGGCAGCACCAGCAGCCUCCACAUCCCCAGCCUCCUCGUCGGCACGGCGGUCGUAGAGUAGACCGGCUAGACAUCAACAUCCAGAUUGACGAAUCUUACUGUGUAGAUGUGGGAGACGGUCUGAAGCGCUGGAAGUGCCGCAUGUGUGAUAAAUCGUACACAUCAAAAUACAACCUGGUCACACACAUUCUGGGCCACAAUGGCAUCAAGCCACACGCCUGUCCUCAUUGCGGGAAGCUCUUCAAGCAGCCCAGCCAUCUUCAAACCCACCUGCUAACCCACCAAGGUACGCGGCCCCACAAGUGCACCGUCUGCAAGAAGGGCUUCACCCAAACCAGCCACCUGAAGCGACACAUGCUCCAACACACUGACGUCAAGCCGUACAGCUGCCGCUUCUGCCGCCGCGGCUUUGCCUAUCCCAGCGAACUGCGAGCGCACGAGGUGAAGCACGAGCGGGGUCGCUGCCAUGUGUGCUCGCAGUGUGGCAUGGAGUUCCCCACCUACGCCCACCUCAAACGCCACCAGACCAGCCACCAGGGGCCCCACACCUUCCAGUGCACCGAGUGCAACAAGUCAUUCGCUUACCGUAGCCAGCUCCAGAACCACCUCCUUAAGCACCAGAGCCCAAGGCCUUACACCUGCUCCCAAUGCGGCCUGGAGUUUGUGCAGCUCCAUCACCUACGUCAGCACUCACUCACUCAUAAGGGAAUGAAAGGCCACAAGUGUGAUGUGUGUUCCCGAGAGUUCACCCUGUCUGCCAACCUGAAGAGGCAUAUGCUCAUCCACAACAGCGUUAGACCCUUCCAGUGUCAUGUCUGCUUCAAAAGCUUCAUCCAGAAACAGACCCUGAAGACCCACAUGAUCGUCCACCUGCCUGUCAAGCCAUUCAAAUGCAAGGUUUGUGGCAAGUCUUUCAAUAGAAUGUACAACCUACUGGGCCACAUGCACCUCCAUGCUGGCAGUAAGCCCUUCAAGUGUCCUUACUGCACCAGUAAGUUCAACCUGAAGGGGAACCUCAGCAGGCACAUGAAGGUCAAGCAUGGAAUGGACGUUUCACCAGAGGGACAAGAAGUUCUUCCAGAAAUGGAAAGCCAGGGUGAGUAUGAAGGACAGAACUUCAGCUUUACAUCACCAGACAGUAUGGACAAUGGUGGCUCCCAAAACCUCACUAAACUCACUACAGCAAACAUGGAGGACAUGGAGGAGUAUUACAACUUUGGCAAGGAUACGAGCAGCUACACCACACCUUGAGUUGUGAUGGACCAGAGAACAUGAUGUGGGGUUUUCUUUUUUUUUUUUUUUUAAUUUUUAUUUUAUUUUCAAACCAGAAGGAAAUUACAGAGGAGUUGUCAAGGCUUUGGGAGACUCUGGGGAAGGGAUUUUCUUUUAGUUUUGGCCUCCGUCCAGAAGAGCCAGAACUGCCGGACUCUGAUGGGAGGCCAGGAAGGAGACACACUUCAAAGGAGAAGUUUCAGCUCUGUUGCUUAUAGCGGAGACACUGAAACUGUUGAUGCGGCCUGGAGCUCCUUUUUUGGGAUUACUACGCUAACCGACUCCGAGACUCUUUCUGGCGGACAGUGAAAUCUGUAUGUUGUGUGUAUGUAUCAGUUAUUUGAAAAGAAAAAAGAAAAAAACCGUUGCAGUUGCAGAGCCAUCAGCUACAUUUGAUGUGAUAGAAAUUUGUUUACCAUUUUGCCAUUUUUGUCAUUCACAACCAAUGUAUGCCCUUAUAUUUUUGACUGAAAGUGCCAGCUAGAUACAUUUGCAACGAAGCUUCCACCGUGUCAGCUAUUUACUCACUGUAUAUCGAACUUUUGAUACAUAGUCACAACAUAUUCAUAGGUUUGAAUGCUCUUACUAAAAAGUUCCUAAUUGUUGUUACCAUUUCCUGCCCAGCCCUCAGUUUAAAAUUUAAACAGGCCGGUCUUUCAAUGCGUUUGUGCUUUUUGCACAGGACAUUGUAGCCUUUUUCUUACCAGGGCACUUGCUACCAAAGUUGCUACUGUCCCAUGUUGGCUGAUACCAGAAAACCAUGUUGUCAGCAUGUAAAGCCCUCUCACUGUAAAAAGGAUUCUGCAACAUGCAGUGUGUUUACCCACCGUUUUUGUUUUAUAUGGUUUAGCUUUACAUGAAUAAUCAAUCCCAUGUAGUGAAUAUACUGCUCUAGUUUUUGAAUUACUGAGUGAACAAUACAAAGCACUUUUUCAUUGAGAUCUGUCAUUUUUCUGUGAAGCCUAUCGUCAGUAAGAGUGAACUCAUUUGCCUCAAGGAGAAGAGCUUGGGGAAAUAAGAUCAUAGAAUCUUCUAAACCCCGUAAAGGCAAUAUUAUUAAAAACAAACAGAUAUGCUUUCUCAGUAGGUUUUUGUAAACUGCAGUUUCCUUGAUGUGGGUAUUUCACAGUUGUCAGUUCAAAUGUGAAUUGAAGAGUGAGCAGUUUGUACAGAGAAUCAGCAGUUUGGGGUUUGUUUGUUUGUUUGUUUGUUUGUUUUUUUAAAAAUAGUUUCAGCACUCUUAAAACAGAGCUGUUGUCACUUUACUUUCAAUUCAGUUAAUUUAGAAAGAUACCCCCCCCCUUACGGGAAAAAAACACUGAAAUGGUUAUUAAAUCCAAGAUGCAGAUUUAAAAGAAGUAAGGAAAUAUAUGGAGACCCUGGUUACAUUUUGUAAUGGUCGAAUUGAAAGUGGACUGACAAUAGUCUUGCUAUUCAUAAUUCUGUUUUGGGGAAGGCAGUCAACUCCCCCUGUCCUGCCAUGCAGGUCAGCCUUGAUAUGCACACUAAACCAGAGGAAAGGUCUACUAGUUCUUUUUUCAGAUGAGGAAUAUCAAACUGAGGCCUCAUGGAAAUUGACCAUGAAUUAUUUAAUAAAGGUUCUCUAGUUUAAA